UCAAAAGAGGUACAUAGUGUGUUCCUCAUGAGUUUCAAUCAAAAGCUGGAUAGCAUUAUAGUAACACAUUCCAUUUUCUCUCUCUCUCUCUUCAAAGCCUUACUUCGAAAUCCUUACCAUAAAAAGACCUUGUAACUGCAAAUUUCCCUUUCCAUACAAAGCACAUAGCAUUUAUUUCUAGUCAAUAAACAUUCCUCCCCUCUUGGUUUUAAAACCACAUCUUCCUCAGAAUCAUCACCCACAAGGUGGAAAGUCCCCACAUCAAAAACUACUCCAGAUAUGAAUCCACCAACACUGGACUCAUGUGAGCUCUCUGAAAGUUCAAGCAUUAUCCCACUUUCAGAGGCUCCACCAUGCCUUAACACCACAAUGGGGUACCAAAAAGAGGGCAGACAAAUAGAAGAUGAUCAUCAAAAGCACAGCCUUGAAAAGAAAACCACAAACACAAACCUUGUAUUGGAUCUGAGCCUCUCUAGCAAGGAUAUGGAUCAAGAUGGGAAGCAAGAACUCAAACUUAUCGAUCUUUUCAACGGGAAUUCAUCACCGAAUCACGAAGCAGAGGCACGGGUGUUUUCCUGCAACUAUUGCCAAAGAAAGUUUUACAGUUCACAAGCAUUGGGUGGACACCAAAAUGCGCACAAACGAGAGCGGACUCUAGCGAAAAGGGGACCAAAAAUCGGCUCGUAUCCCCAACCCUACCCUAGUUUGGCUUCUCUGCCUCUGCAUGGCUCUUUGAAUAGGUCUCUUGGGAUUCAGGUUCACUCUAUGAUCAAUAAACCAGCUUUCUUGCCAACCACUAUUGGUUCUUCCCAUGUGCAAGGGCGUUAUGGGUGGUCUCGAAACCCAAUUGAUCAGCAACCGGCCCUUGGGCGGAUUGCACCCGAGAAUUAUCAUGUUGGCUUAUCGGUGGGAUCAUCGUCGAGUGGUGGGGCAGCCAGAUUUGAUGGUGUUCGGAAGUUUUCUCCAGUGGCAGGUGACGGAGUUGGAGGAUUUAGGUGGGACAGUGGCAGCCAUUUGAAGGCUAACCAAGAUGAGUUGCAAAAGCUAGACUUGUCUCUCAAGCUCUAAGUAGUUCUUUCAUGUUCCCCCAUUUUAUUUGCCCAAUUACUGUUUCAAUAGGAGUUCAUGUUUAAGUGUUUUUGCAACAGAGGAGUUUAUUAACUUUUUUUUUUUUUUAAGGUUCUCUUGACUUUGGACUAGAUUAAUCUCUAUAGGUUUGGUUGACAUUUUGAUUCUAUAUGUUUAUCUUCACUUGGACAAGAUCAAUCUCUACGGGUUUGUUCCAAACUCUGAUUGUAUAAAUUUUCCUCAUGAUCAACUUUGAGUCUCAAUGAUCAAAAAAAUAAAAAACUUGAGUCUAUAAAUUUUCCUCAAAUAUGAACAACUUCUUCUUGAUGGGGUUGACAUGCUUUCGACUAAUUAGUAUUCACCUUCAAUUAAUCUUGUUGUUCAACAGAGUACAGGUAAUGCAAAACCCAAAAUCUAGAUUUAAGUAGUCAUAUCAUAUGAUAUCAAAGUUGUAUUUUCUUACAGAGAUGUUGCACUACACACAUUGUGAGCAUCAACUUAUAUGUUAGCCACAAUUCAGGGUGGACUAAUCCCCUCGUCUCCUGUCUGACAUACCUAGCAAU